CUUCCGAAACAAACGAUUUAGGGUUUUAAGCCGAGCUUCUAGAGAGGAAGAGGUAUUCACAUCUCUUUACCAGAAACCCUGUCUUGGUUUUGGAUGUAGAGGAAAGAAGAGGAAGCGGCGAUGAGUAAGCUUCAGAGUGACGUUCUGAGAGAGGCCAUUGGCCAGGUCAUGGGUGCUGCAAAGGAAAAGAACCGCAAGUUUACUGAGACGAUAGAGCUGCAAAUUGGUCUGAAGAAUUAUGACCCUCAAAAGGAUAAGCGUUUCAGUGGUUCUGUGAAAUUGCCUCAUAUCCCUCGCCCCAAAAUGAAGAUAUGCAUGCUUGGAGAUGCCCAGCAUGUUGAGGAGGCAGAGAGGAUGGGAUUAGAGUCCAUGGAUGUUGAGGCUUUGAAGAAGAUGAACAAGAAUAAGAAGCUGGUGAAGAGGCUAGCGAAGAAGUACCAUGCUUUCCUUGCUUCGGAGGCAAUUAUCAAGCAGAUCCCUAGGCUUCUUGGUCCAGGUCUCAACAAGGCGGGUAAGUUUCCUACAUUGGUUUCCCAUCAGGAGUCUUUGGAGUCAAAGGUGAAUGAGACCAUGGCCAUGGUUAAGUUCCAGCUUAAGAAAGUUCUUUGUAUGGGAGUGGCUGUGGGGAACUGCGGCAUGGAGGAGAAGCAAAUCUUCCAGAAUGUGCAGCUCAGUGUCAACUUCCUUGUCUCUCUGUUGAAAAAGAAUUGGCAAAAUGUACGGUGCUUAUAUCUGAAGAGUACAAUGGGAAAACCAUACAGAGUUUUCUGAGUCGUUUUCGACUGUUUUAUUUGGGGACUUAAAUUUGGUGGAGUGUUGUGGUAGCAAAUUUUGAUGGCGAUAAUUGCCUGGCACAACAAUAGGUUUUUCUUACUGAGGCUUCAAGUUUUAUUCACCCCUCAAAAAAUUGAAUUGCCUUUUUUUUUUUUUUAAGGGUGAAUAUAGAUUCUCACCGGGUACCUUCAGCCCAUUUAGGAUUUUUCUAAUUGACUUUUGGUUGUGGUAAUGCUGGAAUUUGUGAUGCUUGGGUGGAUGAGAAAUUUUGUGGAUUUAUAACUCUUAUUUUUUCUUGGAUGUCCUCAAAGAAAUAUGAUUUUGUAUCAUGUAACAUGCAGAAUGCUCAAUGUGAGCAGAAUUUUUGC